AUGAUGAAUGGUGCAAACUCUUCAGGAUCAUACUUGCCCUCAAAAACUAGUUACAAAGUAGAUGACAACUACUUAAAGGAAUUGAAUGAGGACUUAAAGCUAAGGAAGCAGGAACUGCUAGAGAUGCUAAAACCCCUAGAAGAUAAGAACAACCUCUUAUUACAGAAGUUAAUGUCUAAUUUGGAAGAAAAACAAAGAAGUCUACAGAUCAUGAGGCAAAUCAUGGCAGGAAAGGGGCCUGAUGAAUCCUCAGUAGUAGAGCUUAUCAAGGAAGCAGAAGAGAUGAAGCAGAACCUUGAAAGGAAAAACAAGAUGCUUCGGAAGGAAAUGGAAAUGUUAUGGAACAAGACAUUUGUAACAGAAGAACCUGGGGACCAACAAGAAGCACCACAGAUAAAAAAUAAGGCAGACUUGCAAGAUGGAAAGGCUCCCAAAUCCCACAUAUUAUUUAGGAAAAUCAGGAAUGACCUGGAGACAUCCUAUGGAGAGAAAGUAGAGGAGAUAAGCAUGGAAAAGCAAGAGAGGAAAAUGGAAUGGGUCAGAUAUCAGGAACAAGCGAACAUCCUUCAGAAUGAUUUUCAUGGCAAAGUGAUAGAGCUGAGAAUUGAAGCCUUGAAGAACUACCAGAAGGCCAAUGACCUGAAAUUAUCAUUGUACUUACAGCAGAAUGUUGAGCCAAAGCAAGCAUUCUUAAAUCUUCCUAAGUCCCAAGAUACUAUGGAAAGUACAACUACCAGCAGCGCAACCACAAGCAAAAAUGCACCUGAUGCGAGAAAUCUGGGACCCAAGACCAGCACACAGCAGAGAGCUAAAGGAAGUCAGUGUGAUGAUGUAGGAGGGAGGCUCUUUCUUCUGAGGUCGCUGCCAGAAGAAACUCUGAAGCAUUAG